UUAACUUGUUGCUGGUUGUAUAUUUGCACUUUUAAAACUGCAGAAAAAUCAUAAACAAACUCGACUUUUGACAUUUGAGUCAAAGAGGUGAAUCCUCAGCAGCAGACUGAUGCAGAGAAGCUGCAUCAACACUCUUUCACCACCACACCACAGAAAAAUCACCCUGGAUGGUUAAAUGAUGCGUUCACUGCAGGUGUUAAACAGCUGCUGGUAGUUCAGACUGCACACGAACACGCCGUCACACUGUUCCAGCCCUAUCCUCAGAGAAAUGCUGGAAGGAUGUGGCUGUAAUGAUCAGAGAGGACCAGAGAAAAAGGCUUCGGUCAGCUGAUGAAAACCCGCUGAGAGGAAGCUGAGAGGCUGAAGAACUUCUGAUGGAAGUCAGAGGAGGAGGAAGUGGAAGACGUGAUUAGAAGUAGCGCAACCGCACACUCGUAUUUCCUUUGAUUGUCAGAGUGACAUCGAUGUGGAGCAUCAACACCUGCACCUCAGCAUCUCCGGCACCGACCAGAACCAGCACCGCGCGUGAAAGAAGAUGAGUGACUCAACACAAGACCCAAAACUCAAUGACUCUACGUCAUACAGUGACUUUUCCGAUUACUAUAACUAUACCGAAUACCCAGGAGAGUUAGUUCCUCCUUGUCUUUACAGUAUGAGCCACAGUGUGAGCAGUGCUCUCGGCCUGUAUGUUCACCCCAUCAUCUGCAUCCUGGGCUUUGUGGGGAACAGUCUGGUGAUCAUCACUUACGCUCUCUACAAGAAGACUAAGUCCAUGACUGAUGUCUAUCUGCUCAACGUCGCCAUUGCUGACCUCCUGUUCGUGCUAGCACUGCCUUUCCUCGUCUACAACGAACGGUCUUCCUGGUCGAUGGGGCCGGUGGCCUGUAAGCUGUUGCGUGGCUCCUACAGUGUGAACCUGUACAGCGGCAUGUUGCUGCUCGCCUGCAUCAGCACCGAUCGCUACAUCGCCAUUGUCCAGGCUCGUCGUAGCUUCAGGCUGCGCUCGCUGUCAUACAGCCGCCUUAUCUGUGCCGUCAUAUGGACCUUUGCCAUACUGGUGUCCGUCCCCACCUUCUACUUCUACCAGUUUUACCAGCCAACGCACUUCCGUCCCUUCAUGAUGGUUGAUGAUGAAGAUGAGGACCAGACUUCCUCGCCUCCACGAUAUGUCUGUGAGCUGAGGUUUGAGGACAGGGACACAGCCCUGAAAGCCAAAGUGGCCAUCCCCAGCACCCAGCUGGCUGUUGGCUUCUUCCUGCCGCUGUUCAUCAUGAUCUUCUGUUAUGCCUCCAUCAUAGUCACCCUGAUGAAAGCCAAAAACUUCCAGCGACACAAAGCGGUUCGGGUGGUGCUGGCAGUGGUGGUGGUGUUCAUCGUCUGCCACCUGCCCUACAAUCUGGUUCUACUAUGCGACACAGUCAAGAUGUUCCAGUUGGAUGCCUGUUCAGCUUUGGAUGCUUGGAAGACGGCGCUGGCGGUGAUGCAGUCCGUGGCAUAUCUGCACUGCUGCCUGAACCCGGUGCUGUACGCCUUCAUCGGGGUGAAGUUCAGGAACCAUUUCAGGAGGAUCUUCCAGGAUCUGUGGUGUGUCAGUAAGAAGUACAUCACCCCACGCCGCUUCUCCAGGGUCACUUCCGAGAUCUACAUGUCCUCAGUCCGUCGCUCAGUGGACGUAUCCAGCGACACCGGCUCAUCCUUCACCAUGUGAGGACACCCAGCUGGUGGAUCUAUGGAUCUGAGCUUGAGGCCUGAGAGACUCAAGUCUGAAUCUGAUUCUUGUCUGUUAAACAAUUGCAGUAAUCACAAGAUAAAAAUCAGGGUUCUCAGACUAUGUAAAAAAAAGUUCCAAUAAGACCAUAAAAUGCUUCUCAUUUAAUUUGCUUCUCUUUUAUUGUUUUUAGUAAAUAUUGUACUGCAGCGUCACGUUGGAAACUGUAAAAUUUGGAUGGGGGAUACUCUCUGACAUGGCACUAAAUUGGAUCAAGUCAUAUUUAAGAGAUAGAAAUUACUUUGUGGUUAUUGGCAAUCAUAUGUCUGAGUUCACAAAAUUGAUACGUGGAGUCUCACAGAGAUCUUUUCUGGGACCUCUUUUAUAAAAUAUCUACAUGCAUCCAAGAUCAUGAAAAACAAUUUUUUACCACAAAUAUGCAGAUGAUACUCAAAUAUAAAAAUAUAAUCUGAGAAUCUAGAAACUAGCAUGCCUUACAAAAUUUCACUAAGUGUGCAUUCACACUGGCGCUGUUUGGUCUGCUUUAAAGAAAUGCUGGUCAUCAUUACCUAUGCUCUCAACGAGAAGACUAAGGUCCAUGACAGAUGUCUACCUGCCCAACGCCAUCACUGCCUCUUCUUGUCUACAAUUAAAUAAAAGAUAAUCAAUACAAUACAAAAAUUAAUGCUCAACAACUUGCUUUAAACAGGCAAAAUACCCAUCAUCAUCAUCAUUAAUACUAACAGCAUUAUCAUGACGUCAUAGACUGAUAUCAUAAUUGUGUAUUAAGGAACACAUCCUGGCUGGGUUUCCUGGCAGGGUUGAUGUAACCACAUGACGUUUUCCUGUUGGUUUGGUCCACUCGAGUAAAGUGCAUUGUUUUUUUCAAACCACGUCCCCCAGACCAUCCAGGUGUGAAUGUACCCUAAGUGUCUUGCACAAAUAAAUAACUGGAGGCUC